GUCUGUCAGCUUCCCAACAUUGACGUCACAACCAUAAAAAAUACAAAAUAUGCCCGAUUUCAUGUAGUUUGAAGAAAAGAGACCUGAGCUCGCACCUCAGUGUCAUUGUCUCUCUUCACUCUGCUCAGUGCAGGCAUAAAGUCCUCAUCGGGGGAGGACGUCCCUCAUUCCUCCCCUUCUCGUCCUCUGUUUAGUCACAGCUUUGUUGUCCGCAGUCGGGUGUCCUUACUCAGUGCGAUGACUGUGGUUGUCAAGGUGGUUGUUCUCGCCCUCUGUCUCCUGGUGGCUGAACAGGGCACUCCACCAGGUUCUGGAGUGAUGCAUCGGCCUGGAAGUCCCAGCAUUCUUCAACUUCUUGAUUUCCUGCAAGAAAAAGGCAAGCGUGAGAAGCAGUACCAUCAUCAUUUUACCCCUCGUGAUAAUUAAUGGACUUAAUGUGCCCCCCUCACCCCUUUGUCAAAAAGGCUGUCGAACUCAUCGCUCAUUCGCCGCAGCUGCUGCCCGUACUUCUUGGCGGCCCAGAGUGCAGGAGGUGCUGACUUGGAGCGGCCUCGAAACGGGGCUCCAUCAGUGGGCGUGCCAGCCUCCUCCUCUCCCCUGUUCUGGAGCUCCUCGUCUCUGGACACUGUUGAAGCGUGGGACUCCGAGUUGAGCCUGAUGCGACCCAAUGCUACGCAGGACCAAGAAAAAAUAAAAGGAGGAGGAGGAGAGGAGGCGCAUCGCAUUGAGCCGCUCAAUGGGCCACGGAAGGGAGGGAUGAGCACACGCGGGGAGGAUGAGCCACUGACUGACUGAAUGAACCAAACGAACCGGGUUAGCUGUGCGACUACGGGUUUGACUUGGCCCUGAGUGGACCUGAGGCAUCUUCCUUUCGAGUUCAGUCGGCAGGCGGGCUGCACCAACGGAACUGGCUCCUGCAGCCAUGUCCAAGCCUCCUUCCUAUCCAAUCCCCUUCUGCCCCUUCCUCUUCUUUGCCACUCUAGUUUUUCUCCUAUCCUGCUCCGGAUCCGUCCAUGCACACUCGGCUCACAACUGCUCGGCUGGGGGGGACCCGUGCCAGGAUGGCGUGCUGCUACCUGUGUGGAAUCCCCAGAACCCCUCGGUGGGUGACAAAGUGGCACGGGCCAUUGUUUACUUUGUCGCACUCGUCUAUAUGUUCCUGGGCAUGAGCAUCAUAGCGGACAGAUUUAUGUCCUCCAUAGAGGUUAUAACAUCCCAGGAGAAAGAGAUAACCAUUAAGAGGCUCAACGGCGAGACAACCACAGCCACGGUCAGGAUCUGGAACGAGACGGUUUCCAAUCUGACCCUAAUGGCCCUGGGCUCGAGUGCCCCUGAGAUUCUACUGUCCGUCAUUGAAGUGUGUGGUCACGGCUUCACGGCAGGCGCCCUGGGCCCGAGCACCAUUGUGGGCAGCGCCGCCUUCAACAUGUUUGUCAUCAUCGCGCUGUGCGUCUACGUGGUGCCCGACGGCGAGACGCGCAAGAUUAAACACCUGCGGGUGUUUUUUGUCACGGCAGCUUGGAGCGUCUUUGCCUACAUUUGGCUGUACCUCAUUCUCAGCGUCUUCUCCCCCGGCGAAGUCGAUAUAUGGGAAGCGGUGCUGACCUUCCUCUUCUUCCCACUGUGCGUGGUCCAAGCCUGGGUGGCUGACCGUCGCCUCCUCUUCUACAAGUACGCCCGCAAGCGUUACCGUGCCGACAAGCACCGCGGUGUCAUCAUUGAGACGGAAGCGGGGCCUGACGGAGGCGGGAGCGGCGCGCUGGGCCCAGGCGGUUUCACCAAGAUGGACAUGCUUGAGCUGGAUGGCCAAAUGGCCCUCAACUGCCACGGCGGUAUGGAUGGCAGCGUGAUGGAAGAUGGGGGGGGUAAGGACGAGGAGGACGAGGCCCGUCGGGAUAUGGCAAGGACGCUGAAGGACCUCAAGCAGCGGCACCCAGAUAAAGACAUGGAGCAGCUCAUCGAGAUGGCCAAUUAUCAGGUUCUGAUGCAGCAGCAGAAGAGCCGUGCAUUCUACCGUAUCCAAGCAACCAGGAUGAUGAUCGGCGCCGGCAACAUCCUCAAGAAACAUGCCGCUGACCAGGCUCGCAAGGUGGUGAGCAGCCAUGAGACUCAAGCCCAAGAGGAUGACCCACACACGGUCAGGCUGGAGUUCGAGCCCGCCUUGUACCAGUGCUUUGAGAACUGCGGCUCCCUCAAGCUGACCGUCUCCAGACAUGGAGGAGACGCUGGAGUUACCGUUAAGGUGGAUUAUCGCACCGAGGACGGCACCGCCAACGCUGGCUCGGAUUACGAGUUUGCAGAGGGAACGCUUUUGUUUAAGCCGGGCGAGACUCUUAAAGAGAUCACAGUGGGGGUGAUUGAUGAUGACAUCUUUGAGGAGGACGAGUACUUCUACGUGCACCUUAGCAACCCCCGAGUGGUGGGCUACCCCGAGAUCAACACCUCCCCUCUGGAUGCGAGCUCCACCCCCAAAGCUGUGCUGGGUGACAACCACACAGCCACCGUGACCAUUUACGAUGACGACCAUGCUGGUAUCUUCACCUUCGAGACGGCCAGUCAGCGAGUGAGUGAGAGCGUGGGUGUGAUGGAGGUGAAGGUGCUGCGGACAUCUGGGGCUCGGGGCCUGGUGGCCGUCCCUUACCGGACGCUGGACGGCACCGCUAGAGGGGGCGAGGACUAUGAGCUGGCAGCCGGGAAACUGGAGUUCCAAAACGAUGAGACCAUGAAGAUCAUCGAGGUGAAGAUUAUUGAUGACGAGGAGUACGAGAAGAACAAAGCCUUCACCAUCGAGCUGGGAGAGCCCGUCCUCUUGGAGAUCGGGCAGAAGCACGGAGACUCCAACGAGAACAAACCCGUGGUAGGAGCAGAAGAGGAGGAGGUCGCCAAAAUGGGCUGUCCCAGUCUGGGCGAGCACACACAACUGGAGGUCGUCAUCGAGGAGUCCUACGAGUUUAAGAGAGCAGUCGAUGUGCUUUUGGAGCGUAAAAGAAAGAGUACAGUGGACAAGUUGAUCAAGAAGACAAAUCUGGCCUUGGUGGUGGGCAGCAGCAGCUGGAGGGAGCAGUUUGUCAGCGCGGUGACUGUUAGUGCAGGAGACGACGACGACGAGGAGAGCGGCGAGGAGCGCCUCCCGUCGUGCUUCGACUACAUUAUGCACUUCCUCACCGUCUUCUGGAAGGUUCUGUUCGCCUUCGUGCCCCCCACCGAGUACUGGAACGGCUGGGCCUGCUUCUUUGUCUCCAUCUCUCUCAUCGGUGUCCUGACGGCGGUCACCGGGGACCUGGCCUCGCACUUCGGCUGCACCGUGGGGCUGAAGGACUCGGUGACGGCCGUGGUGUUUGUGGCGCUGGGCACGUCCGUACCAGACACAUUUGCCAGCAAGGUGGCCGCCAUCCAGGACCAGUACGCCGACGCCUCCAUCGGCAACGUGACGGGCUCCAAUGCCGUUAACGUCUUCCUCGGCAUCGGCGUGGCCUGGACUAUCGCCGCCGUGGCGUGGCGUGCCCGCGGCCAUUCCUUCCGGGUGGACCCGGGCAACCUGGCCUUUUCUGUCACCCUCUUCACCAUCCUGGCGUCGGUGUGUGUGCUCACGCUGCUGUACCGGCGGCGGCCAGCUGUAGCCGGCGGCGAGCUGGGUGGCCCGCGGACUUGCAAGCUGUUAACGUCAGUUUUCUUUGUGUCACUGUGGCUCGUCUACAUCCUGCUGGCAUCGCUGGAGGCCUACUGCCAUCUUCCGAGCUUUUAGAUGGACGCCAGGAGACGGGAUGAUGGUGCCAACGUAGUAGACGUAGAAGUUUCUUCAGUGACGUGCGGUGAGGCUCAUGCCUAGGUCCUGCUUUGGAGUCAGAUUUAGAGGUACAACCCCAUCAGGUGCAGCAGAUUACCGUCUCUUUCAUCAUGUCCGCAGUUAGUUGUCCGAUCUGCAAGAAUACCCUUACUGCUGGAGAAAGUUCAUCUUUCUGCAAACAUAUUGGCAUUUCAUCGGGAAAUGUGCAAUCAAUACAUAAAAUCAAUAAAAUCAAAUAUUACAUAUAUAAAUAUAUAUUAUAUAUAUUAAUAUUUAUUUUUAUGUUAAAUGUGCAAUCAAUGUUCAAAAUGAUUGGCAUAAUACACAAAAUCAAUAAAAUCAAAUAUUAUAUAUAUAAAUAUAUAUUUUUAUUUUUAUUUUUAUUUUUAUUUUUAUUUUUAUUUUUAUUUUUAUUUUUAUUUUUAUUUUUAUUUUUAUUUUUAUUUUUAUUUUUAUUUUUAUUUUUAUUUUUAUUUUUAUUUUUAUUUUUAUUUUUAUUUUUAUUUUUAUUUUUAUUAUGAUGAUGCCUCCCCUGACUGCACGUCACUGAGUUGCAUGCACCAUCAAACUUUGAAGAAAAAGUAGAAAAAUAUUAACCACGAGGAAGCCAUCAAUGACAUUUUAACCUCCAUUAAUAUUAUUAUUAUUAUUAUUAUUAUUACUAUUAUUUAUUUUAAAAACUAAUCCUGCUGAAGGAGCCUUGGAAGGACAUGACUUCAAGCAUCCUACCCCCUGACUCCACCCACAUGUUAUUGCUUUUUAAUUGGUGUUGUUUAUGUGAAACUGUCAAGAAAAAAAACAGACAUUUGCUGCGAUGGCAGCUUUAAGUGGAUUAACAUGAGGAUGAUGAAGAAGUGAGCGACUACUUCCUUGUUUUCACUCGGACUCAGAAAGGAGGUGCGAACAAGAUGGACGACAAUCGCAACGAAGUCUCCACUUCCCUUUUUCUGAUCUUUGUUUAUUGUGAACUUUGCUGUUAGGGAUGGCCUCGGACCUCGUGGCCCGUGGGAACAUAUUCACGGUUUGCUCACACCCAUUUUCACACCUGAAGCACGCUCUGGCGUUGGCGUUGGCGAGAGCACGGCGUGAUUCCAUGCACGUGCACAAGUGCAACACAGUGGAAUGACUGUCAUGCGAUUGCUCCUCACUGAUUCUUAAUGAUAACCGUCAUCAUUCAUCAGAGUAUUAAAAUGAAGAGACUCCAAAUAAUCAAACCCACUCGCUCACCAGUGUCCACGGUGUGUGCGUGUGCUUGCUACGCUCGCUAGUAAUUAAUGACAGCCGCCGCGUUGUAGAAAAUAAAUGAUCAGAAUAAGUCAGGGAAUUAGGGUUGGGUGAUAUGCACCUUAGCAUAUAUCACGAUAUCUUGGGGAUGUAAAAACGAUAUAAAAUUUAAAUUCAGCAGACUCUUGUAAAAACCUUAACCCAUAUGAUGAAAUAUAUUUGUCUCAAAUUGUAAAGCUAACUUUUCUAAUGGGAUGUCAGCCUCUGAACACGUUGCUACUGAAUCUUCAACACUAAUGUCUGAUAGUCAUUAAGGAAGAUGUAGUCACCCAUGCAAUUCCAACUGCAUAUGUAGAUAUUUUUUUAUGACAGUUCAACAGCAAACUGCGCUUUUAUUUUGAAGGCCAGCCGUAUGUCCUCUGUGUGUGUGUGUGUGAGUUGGGCACAGAACCUCCACGCUGUCAUCCCGCAAUGUGAAACACAUGUACUCAUCGAGCCGGAGUCGGGCACGCAACCACACUAGCAUGCUAAAUGAAGCUAACCCGUCUCCGUGGUGCCGCCAACAAUUGCCUGUGUUUUAGUUCGGUAGGAGGCGGUUUAGUGUUUAUAGUAAGAGCAGUCCGCCGAGUAAAUGCUAGCCCACACGAACCUUCCUUCUCGUCACGACUCACGAUUCAUCUUAAGCAUCAAAGUCCACCACGGCGCACAACUCGUUUUGUUUACGUUCAUCAUUUAUAUCGAUAUAAGUCAUUUUCUUAUAAUUGGAAUACCAUACCGGUAUAUUAAAAAAUAUAUAUAUCGCCCAACCCUACUGGGAAUAAUCCACAAAGUUGCAGUAAAACAUCAGAAUCGAAUUGAUGGGACAAGUAAACGGUUGCUAACACGAAUGAUCAAUAUGAACGCAGGCCAGCGAGGAAAUCUCCCUUUUUGUCUGUCAUGUCGCUUUGACCUGCUUCCACUUCCUGCUCGCUCAUGUGAUACGUGUGUGAAAUUGAGAGGUUUAUAUUGUACAUGCAAGCCAGCACAUUUUAUCAUUUUUUAUCGAUGUCGUUUUAACUUAAGUUUGAGCUGGAGUGAACUGGACCACACCAGAAUUCACUUGCAAGCGGACCCAUCUCUAAAACUGUUUUAGCCGCCUCGAUAGACUGCGUUCUCGUUUGCAACCGAACUAACUGUACUAACCGAGCGAAUUAGUUUGUUUUUAACCCCACCAAACAUGACGAGUGUGGACGCACCCUUGCCAAAAAAGCAACAAAGGAGUUACGACACCAAUUUUAAGAUAAUGCUGAUCAAUGACGCACCAAAGUCGAGAAAACUCAUCACAAACGAUGAAUUCAAUGAUAUUGAAGAUAUGAUUAAAAAAAUAUUUUUCUAGUCUUGAAAAAGAGGGUUCGUCUUAUAUUGAGUGUGGUCUUAUAUUGUGGUCAAUACAGUGUAUGUAUGAUUGUGUUGACGGCCAUAGAUGUGCGUACAUACGUGUGUAUGUGUAUGUGUAUCCCAAAGUGUGCUGUUCAUUUAGACUCCUGUGAGAGUGAAAGCCAGAGGUAAUGUCCGCCACACUUAGCAUGAAAUAGACCAGUAGCGCUGGCGUUGGGCUUGUCCGUGUCAAUUAUGUGCAAACGCAUCCUGGUUGUGCAAAAAUGUCGUUUAUAAGGUGAAGUCCAAGGUGAUAAAUUGUCGCAGGGAAAAAAAACGUGUGUGCUUGAAGUGGGCCAUGUAUUCUACAUGUUUUGUUUUUGCUAACAAUGUGGUAGGAGGGGUCAAAGGUGAAGAAACCCUCGUCUAACACAAAUGAGGACACCCCAUGAUCAAUUCAUCCAUUUUUUUAUGCCGGUCACGUGGCACCCUUUGGGCACCCUGGACUGCUCAACAGUGAGAAUUUUAGACUCAAUCUGAUUUAUGGGGUGUACCAUGUGUCUACUUGUCAAAAAAAAUAACACAACCACAGGGGUAUGCUGGAGCCUUUCCCAGCUCUCGUAGGGCACCCUGGACUGCUCAACAGCCAAUGCAGGGCAUAUUUAUAGACAAACAGUGUGAAAAAUUUAGAGUCAAUCUGAUUUACGUGGUGUAACAACAGCACCACCAUGUGUCUACUUGUCAAAAAAAAAUAACACGAUCACGGGGGUAUGCUGGAGCCUAUCCCAGCUCUCUUAGGGCACCCUGGACUGCUCAACAGCCAAUGCAGUGCACAUUUAUAGACAGUGUGAGAAUUUUAGAGUCAAUCUGAUUUACGGGGUGUAACAACAGCACCACCAUGUGUUUACGUGUAAAAAAAAAAUAACAACACAGGAAACACAGUAGAGGUACCUGUUUUGACAAAGUUUCACCCUUUUGUGUGAACCUGUUCAGGGGGAGAAGAGUUCCGCCAUGGGUUGUCCUCAUUUUGUCACAUGACUAAGUGCUUAAAUUGUGAAAAGAAUCUGGGCUUACUUUUGCCAAAGCAAGGCAUUCAUUGGGCGACGUUGUGUUUUACAUCUCCAAAAAAUAGGAAAUGGGAGUUGUGCCGAUGGGACAGGAAAACCACAAUGAAGGCACUGGAUUAGAGCGGGUGGCUUUGUGAAGCUUGAUAAGCUACGCGUGUGCACCAGUAAUGGAAAAGAAGCAUAUUUUUAGCUUCUUUCCUGUUGCUUAGCGACCGUAUAUCUUACCAGCCGAUGUCUUUUUGCCUGUCGCUUGUGUGUGUGUGUGUGUGUGUGUGUGUGUGCGUGCGUGUGUGUGUGUGUUAAGGAGUCAUCGCGUUGAUGCGUGUCACAUUGAACUGACAAGUGUUAGGCCACAAGCAGUGAAUGUAACACCUCAUCAAGUGCUCGUUUUUCAAUUAUGUCUCGUUUUUAAUGUGGCCAUGACCUCAGAUCAGCGGGAAGGAGCAAAAAGGGAGGCUUUUAUUGUGAAAAGCAAAUUAGAAGGCAGAUGAGUAUUCUACAUGCAUGAUAUACAGUAUGUGUUUAUAACAUUUUCAUUUCAUAUAUUUUUGGGUCGGAAUUUACCACCUUCAAGCCAAGUAUGAAAUAUUAAUGAAGUAACAAAAUAUGUUAGAAAAAAAAAAGAAUUUCUUAUUUUCUGACUUAUUGUAACUUAUUUAUUUUGUCACCUAAUGUCACGUCCGUUUGUCUCGUUCACAAAGUGCUUAUAUGUUCCAAGAAAGAUUUACAGAAGUAUAUUUAUGUUGCAUUUUUGGCAAUUUUGGCAUUUUUGAGUGAUGUGCAAAAAAAAAAAAAAAAAAAGUCCCCAGGAAGUCGAGCAACAAACAAGCAGUGAGGCAAAUGAUGUGUGCAUGUUUAUGUACAUUUCUAUCAAACUUCCCCGCCACGGGUGUGUCCAAGCAUGAAGUGAACACUAUUUCAGGAUAGAUCAGGGGUGUCCAAAGUGUGGCCCAGGGAUCAUUUGCAGCCCACAGCUGGUUUUUUUAUUGUCCCUUUGCAUAUUGUAAUAAUAAAAUACAUUGAUUAUUAAUAUGACAUAUUAAAUAUUCCACUCAUUUGCUUUGCCACCUGUAACACAAAGAUGUGGAUGUUUUGUUCAGAUAGCUUAGUAUAUAUCGACCUACACUGGUAGCUUUUAGUAUUGUUAAUGUACAAAAUGUAUCAAAGCCUUGCUGGGAAAUCUUUGGACACCCCUGCGAUUGAGUGUUGUUUUCCAAAAGUACUCAUAGUAUUUUUAAAAAUCUCCAAAUGAACAUUGUACAAAACAUCAUAGAUGUUUACGAUGACCUAUCUUUUUUUUUUUUUGUCAAAGUUGAAAUAAAACCUGCGUGGUGAUCAUUGAACAAGAAAGAUUUGAAGGUGACUAUUUGCUCUUAAAACUUUGAAAUUAAAAUUCGUUUUAAUGAAGUGAAGUCUUUUGCAGGCGACAAUACACUGGCAUCAGACAUACACAAAUUUUAGGAGUUCAUUUUGGGAUCACAAACAUAACUGACAACACUUUUGCCAAAAAAGGCAAAAAAAAACUUUUGGCCACUUUCUGGCUUUUGGCCACUUUUCGCCCGUUUUUAAGGUCCUCGCUGUCGUGAAUUCUUUCAUUUUGAAGUGCAGAAAAUGCUUUCCUUGGUCAAGCUGAAAAAAAACAAAAACGAAAGGCUAACCCCUUAUCAUUUUUGCAGAAAAUCAACAUUUUCAAACAAAUUCAUUUUCUGCAUUUUUUGGGUCCUGCCGGGAACCCCCAUGACGAUGGUGAAGGUUCCCACUAUAUCCGAAGCCGAAAAGUGCAGUUGAAGCAAGCUGGAAAAAAAAAUUUAAAAAACGAAAGGCUAACCCCUUACCAUUUUUGCCGAAAAUCGACAUCCCCCAAAAAAUUUAUUUUCUGCAUUUUUUGGGUCCUGCCCGGAGCCCACAUGACGAUGGUGGAGGUUCCCACUAUAUCCGAAGCAGAAAAGUGCAGUUGAAGCAAGCUGGAAAAAAAAAACAAAAAACGAAAGGCUAAACCCUUACCAUUUUUGCCGAAAAUCAACAUCUCCAAAAAAAUAAAUUUUCUGCAUUUUUUGGGUCCUGCCGGGAGCCCCCAUGAUGAUGGUGGAGGUUCCCACUAUAUCCGAAGCAGAAAAGUGCAGUUGAAGCAAGCUGGAAAAAAAAUAAAAAAAAACGAAAGGCUAACCCCUUACCAUUUUUGCCGAAAAUCGACAUCCCCCCAAAAAUUUAUUUUCUGCAUUUUUUGGGUCCUGCCGGGAUCCCCCAUGACGAUGGUGGAGGUUCCCACUAUAUCCAAAGCAGAAAAGUGCAGUUGAAGCAAGCUGGAAAAAAAAUAAAAAAACGAAAGGCUAACCCCUUACCAUUUUUGCCAAAAAUCAACAUCUCCAAAAAAAAGAUAUUUUCUGCAUUUUUUGGGUCCUGCCGGGAGCCCCCAUGACGAUGGUGGAAGUUCCCACUAUAUCCGAAGCAGAAAAGUGCAGUUGAAGCAAGCUGGAAAAAAAAUAAAAAAAACGAAAGGCUAACCCCUUACCAUUUUUGCCGAAAAUCAACAUCUCCAAAAAAAAAUAUUUACUGCAUUUUUUGGGUCCUGCCGGGAGCCCCCAUGACGAUGGUGGAGGUUCCCACUAUAUCCGAAGCAGAAAAGUGCAGUUGAAGCAAGCUGGAAAAAAGAAAAAAAAAAAAAAAAAAACGAAAGGCUAACCCCUUACCAUUUUUGCAGAAAAUCAACAUCUCAAAAAAAAUACAUUUUCUGCAUUUUUUGGGUCCUGCCGGGAGCCCCCAUGACGAUGGUGGAGGUUCCCACUAUAUCCGAAGCAGAAAAGUGCAGUUGAAGCAAGCUGGAAAAAAAAUAAAAAAAACGAAAGGCUAACCCCUUACCAUUUUUGCCGAAAAUCAACAUCUCCAAAAAAACUUAUUUUCUGCAUUUUUUGGGUCCUGCCGGGAGCCCCCAUGACGAUGGUGGAGGUUCCCACUAUAUCCGAAGCAGAAAAGUGCAGUUGAAGCAAGCUGGAAAAAAAAUUAAAAAAAACGAAAGGCUAACCCCUUACCAUUUUUGCCGAAAAUCGACAUCCCCCAAAACAUUUAUUUUCUGCAUUUUUUGGGUCCUGCCGGGAGCCCCCAUGACGAUGGUGGAAGUUCCCACUAUAUCCGAAGCAGAAAAGUGCAGUUGAAGCAAGCUGGAAAAAAAAUAAAAAAAAAUAAAAAAAACGAAAGGCUAACCCCUUACCAUUUUUGCAAAAAAUCAACAUCUCCAAAAAAAAUUAUUUUCUGCAGUUUUUGGGUCCUGCCGGGAGCCCCCCUGACGAUGGUGGAGGUUCCCACUAUAUCCAAAGCAGAAAAGUGCAGUUGAAGCAAGCUGGAAAAAAAAUAAAAAAAAACGAAAGGCUAACCCCUUACCAUUUUUGCCGAAAAUUGACAUCCCCCAAAACAUUUAUUUUCUGCAUUUUUUGGGUCCUGCCGGGAGCCCCCAUGACGAUGGUGGAGGUUCCCACUAUAUCCGAAGCAGAAAAGUGCAGUUGAAGCAAGCUGGAAAAAAAAUAAAAAAACGAAAGGCUAACCCCUUACCAUUUUUGCCGAAAAUCGACAUCCCCCCAAAAAUUUAUUUUCUGCAUUUUUUGGGUCCUGCCGGGAUCCCCCAUGAUGAUGGUGGAGGUUCCCACUAUAUCCAAAGCAGAAAAGUGCAGUUGAAGCAAGCUGGAAAAAAAAUAAAAAAAACGAAAGGCUAACCCCUUACCAUUUUUGCCAAAAAUCAACAUCUCCAAAAAAAACAUAUUUUCUGCAUUUUUUGGGUCCUGCCGGGAGCCCCCAUGACGAUGGUGGAAGUUCCCACUAUAUCCGAAGCAGAAAAGUGCAGUUGAAGCAAGCUGGAAAAAAAAACAAAAAACGUAAGGCUAACCCCUUACCAUUUUUGCCGAAAAUCGACAUCCCCCCAAAAAUUUAUUUUCUGCAUUUUUUGGGUCCUGCCGGGAGCCCCCAUGAUGAUGGUGGAGGUUCCCACUAUAUCCGAAGCAGAAAAAUGCAGUUGAAGCAAGCUGGAAAAAAAAUAAAAAAACGAAAGGCUAACCCCUUACCAUUUUUGAUGAAAAUCGACAUCCCCCCAAAAAAUUUAUUUUCUGCAUUUUUUGGGUCCUACCGGGAUCCCCCAUGACGAUGGUGGAGGUUCCCACUAUAUCCAAAGCGGAAAAGUGCAAUUGAAGCAAGCUGGAAAAGAAAAAAAAAACGAAAGGCUAACCCCUUACCAUUUUUGCAGAAAAUCGACAUCCCCCCAAAAAUUUAUUUUCUGCAUUUUUUGGGUCCUGCCGGGAUCCCCCAUGAUGAUGGUGGAGGUUCCCACUAUAUCCAAAGCAGAAAAGUGCAGUUGAAGCAAGCUGGAAAAAAAAUAAAAAAACGAAAGGCUAACCCCUUACCAUUUUUGCCAAAAAUCAACAUCUCCAAAAAAAACAUAUUUUCUGCAUUUUUUGGGUCCUGCCGGGAGCCCCCAUGACGAUGGUGGAAGUUCCCACUAUAUCCGAAGCAGAAAAGUGCAGUUGAAGCAAGCUGGAAAAAAAAACAAAAAACGUAAGGCUAACCCCUUACCAUUUUUGCCGAAAAUCGACAUCCCCCCAAAAAUUUAUUUUCUGCAUUUUUUUGGGUCCUGCCGGGAGCCCCCAUGAUGAUGGUGGAGGUUCCCACUAUAUCCGAAGCAGAAAAGUGCAGUUGAAGCAAGCUGGAAAAAAAAAAAAAAAACGAAAGGCUAACCCCUUACCAUUUUUGAUGAAAAUCGACAUCCCCCCAAAAAAUUUAUUUUCUGCAUUUUUUGGGUCCUACCGGGAUCCCCCAUGACGAUGGUGGAGGUUCCCACUAUAUCCAAAGCGGAAAAGUGCAAUUGAAGCAAGCUGGAAAAGAAAAAAAAAACGAAAGGCUAACCCCUUACCAUUUUUGCAGAAAAUCGACAUCCCCCAAAAAAUUUAUUUUCUGCAUUUUUUGGGUCCUGCCGGGAUCCCCCAUGACGAUGGUGGAAGUUCCCACUAUAUCCAAAGCAGAAAAGUGCAGUUGAAGCAAGCUGGAAAAAAAACAAAAAAAAACGAAAGGCUAACCCCUUACCAUUUUUGCCAAAAAUCAACAUCUCCAAAAAAAAUUAUUUUCUGCAUUUUUUGGGUCCUGCCGGGAGCCCCCAUGACGAUGGUGGAAGUUCCCACUAUAUCCGAAGCAGAAAAGUGCAGUUGAAGCAAGCUGGAAAAAAAAUAAAAAAACGAAAGGCUAACCCCUUACCAUUUUUGCCGAAAAUCGACAUCCCCCAAAAAUUUAUUUUCUGCAUUUUUUGGGUCCUGCCGGGAGCCCCCAUGACGAUGGCGGAGGUUCCCACUAUAUCCGAAGCAGAAAAGUGCAGUUGAAGCAAGCUGGAAAAAAAAUAAAAAAAACGAAAGGCUAACCCCUUACCAUUUUUGCCAAAAAUCAACAUCUCCAAAAAAAAAUAUUUUCUGCAUUUUUUGGGUCCUGCCGGGAGCCCCCAUGACGAUGGUGGAGGUUCCCACUAUAUCCGAAGCAGAAAAGUGCAGUUGAAGCAAGCUGGAAAAAAAAAAAA